AUGGCGCCGGCCAAAAAACGCAACGUGAGUUCGGCAAAAACAACAGAACAAAGUAUAAAAAAAGCUAAAAUUGACUUAAAUAGCAAAGUCGGAAGUGUAUUUGAGAGCAGAAAACAUGCCAACGACGUUUUCGACAUCCUUGAGGUCCUUGAGUCAGAAAAGGAGAAGGAUGUUGUCAAUGCUGUCGACGCGUGCAGCAAAUUGUUCUGCACCUUGCUGGAGAGGAAAGAUCUGUAUAUAGGAAAACUGCCUGGAGAAGAGGAGGCGUUGAGUGGUGGAGGGUAUAGUGCUGAGGAGAAGUACCGCAUGUUCAUGCGACACCGUUACAACAGCUGUGUGGAGAUGCUGCUUGAGCACCUCAGCCAUGAGCUCCACAGAGUCAAGGAGAGUGCCCUCUGCUGCCUGAUGAAGUUUGCUGCAGCAGAAGGACAACAUCCCCUCGAGGACUUGGACUGGAGUGAACAUUACAGCUUCCCAAGAGAACUGAUGGGGGCAGUGGUGGACAGACUGCUGUCAAAAACUGCAGACAACUCCCUGCUGAUCUCCAGGUUCCAGGAGUUCCUUGAGAUGGAUGACGUUCGCUAUUAUGUCAUGAGCUCCAUCCGAGAGAAUCUGGGCCAAGUCAUGGACAAAACCAAAGGGGCAGUGGUGCCUGUAUAUCAGAGCAAUGUGUUUACCCUCAUGUCCAACAUCAGUGUGCCAAGCCAGGAGUCAGAACUCACCAACUUUAUGGUCAAACAGGAAGCCAAGCAUGAGGACUGGAAAGCUGCCAGACUGAAUGAACACAAACGUGUCUUUGAGAGGAUGUGGCUGGGCUUUCUCAAGUAUAAGUUGCCAAGCAACAUGUAUAAAAAGGUCCUGGUGAUCCUGCAUGACUCUAUCCUGCCACACAUGAGUAAACCCACGCUGAUGAUUGACUUCUUGACUGCAGCCUAUGAAGUUGGUGGGGCUAUCAGCCUGCUGGCCCUCAAUGGCCUUUUUGUCCUCAUACAUCAACACAACCUAGACUACCCUGAUUUCUACAAGAAGCUGUAUAAUCUGCUUGAUCCCUCCAUUUUCCACGUGAAGUACAGAGCACGCUUUUUCCACCUAGCUAACCUCUUCCUUAGCUCCAGUCACUUGCCAGUGUACUUGGUGGCUGCGUUUGCGAAACGCCUGGCUCGCUUGGCUCUAACAGCACCUGCCACAGCCCUCCUCAUAGUGUUGCCCUUCAUCUAUAACCUGAUCCGUCGCCACCCGUCUUGCAGAGUCCUUAUUCACAAGCCCAGCACAGAAGAUGAGCCUUUGGAGGACCCGUAUCUAAUGGAUGAAGAGGAUCCUGCUCAGUGCCGUGCCUUAGAGAGCAGCUUGUGGGAGAUUAAGACACUGCAGAAGCAUCACCAUCCAGACGUGGCAAAAGCUGCUAUGCUGAUCAACACACCCCUGCCAGAACAAGAGGAUGACAUCAGUGAGGUGCUGGAGAUAACAACAUAUGAGCUGAUGGAGAGAGACCUGAAGCAGCCUCAGAUCAAGAGCAUCCCACUGGAGUUUGAAACUGCCACACAGUUACUAAAAGGAGGGGGAGAUGUGUUAGGACAGCACUUCUGUCUGGAUUAAAACAAAUAAAAACCAACAGAACUGCAUUCAUAGUGUGGUAGAAAUUUCUGGGACCAGUUCAUUUGUCAGGGUGAAAGUUUACAGCAGUUUGAUCUGAACAUGAAGAAGACAUCUCUUCUGAAAAAUGAUCUGAACGAGUGUUUGAGACCAGUACCAAUGACUGCGACAGCAACAAGGACAGCAAUGCAUUUGAUUUGGAGUUGUGUUAUGUUUUUUCUCCAUUACCAUUGAUGUCUUGAUUUGAGACUAUCAAUAAAAACCUUUU